AGCCUUUUUAGCCAACAUGGUCAAAAAGAAGGGGAAGAAGUUCAGACCGCAUUUGAACCAGACAGCGAGGAAACGCAGGCAAAACGAGAAAAAUAAGAAGAAAUGCAAGAGCUCAGUAAAAAUCAUCAAAGAGAACUGGGAGACGACAAAAACACCACGAGAAAAUGUUAUGCAGAUGGGCCUAGCAUUCAGUCCAAAUGAAGCAGUCCCACUGAAGCAGCCUCACCGUGAUAUCAUUGAUCUGGAACCUGUGGAAGAAAUGGAUUUGGCUGAAGCGAGAGCAUUGGGAACUGUAGAGGAACAACGGCUGAGGAAAGAAGAAGAAAGACGCGCAGUGCUCCGAAAGGAAAAGGCCGUCAAAGUUGUUUCGACUCUGGAAAGUGAGGCACAACAACUGCUCGCUGAGAGAGAAUCACAGCCGCGAGCCGUUCGUUUACCAGAUAGGGAUGUUGAACUGCUAAUCUACCUUGCCCUGCGUUAUGGUGAGGACUACAAGGCUAUGGCCAGAGAUCCGAAGAACUUGUUUCAAUAUACACCAAAGAGGAUACAUAACCUAAUGAAUAUCUACAAGUCAUCUGGUUUCUAUCAAGUCAUUGAAGGGAAGUGAAGUUCUUGCUAGAUCAUUCUAAGCUUCUGUUGUUGUUUUUCUUGUUGUUGUAUGUGUUGUUGCCAAAUUGUUGCUGUUGUUGACUGGCUUAUAACUCAUUUU